UCGGCCGCGCCCCGCGUCGGAGUUACCUUUCCAAAUCUCGAGAGCGCCGUGGUCGCCGUAUCAGAGAUGUUGGUGAGGUACGGAAGGCGCUGUGGACAGGCAAAGGAAAGCAAGGUGACUUCAUGUGAGUCUUGGCUUUGCUGUAAACCUACUGAUUGCUCUUCUGAAAGUCUCUGAAGGAAAUGUCUGAAUUUUCUCAUCUCUAAAGUGAAGAUAUAAAGCACACUGAAGAAGACCAAGUUCUCUAUCCACCUCUUCUGCCUAGCAAAGUAGAUCUCCGGCAGGUCUCCAUAAUUCCAUAUAAUGAGUGGGAAAGGAUUCAAGAUAGUCUUGACAGCUUGACAGCAGAAGCAGCAUGCCUUCGUGCAGAAAAAAAGGCAAAGAAAGAAAUGCAUGUCCGAUCCCAAGACAUGGUAAAGCAUUGGACUAAUACAUAUGCAGGUAUGAAAAAACAGAAACUUGAAGCCAAAAAGAAGCGUGAUGAGGAAAUAGAGGCAGAAAGACAAAUUCUUGAUGUGGAAGAAGCAAUACACAAACAAGGAGAAAGGAAAAAGGCCAUUGAAUAUGCAAAACAAUACCAAUUCUACCAGACAGAAAGAGUGAAAAACUUUCAUUCAGGACUUCUUGUUAGUAGAGUUAUAAAAGAACGUGAUGCACAGAUUGAGUCCCAAAAGAAUAAAAUAAAAUCAGAUAAAAGAUGGGAGGAACAGUUGAAAUUCAACAUUAAAAAAGCUUUUAAAGAAGAACAAGAAAAAGCAGAAAAACGACGCAGAGACAGAGUGGCUCUUGCCAAUGAUCAUUUAAGACAAAUAAAGGAACAUAAAGAGGAAGAAGAAAGGAGGAGAAAACAUGAGGAAAAGGAUGUUGAGGAAGUAAAGCGACAGAAUUCAUUAUAUGAAACAGAAAUGAGGAACAAACUAGAAAAGAAAAAAGAAGCGAUGAAUGAAAGCAGGAGACUGUUUUUUGAAUAUAUGAAUGAUAAAAACAUCAUCAAAGCUGUAGAACAGCAGCAGAAAGAGGAGGAAGAUGAAAAGAUUAGAAAAUUUAUUAAAGCAAAAAAGCAUCUUACACAAAUGAGGAAAGAAAAAGAGGCUGAAACACAUAGGCUAAUGGAGGAGCGGAAAGAAAGAAUAAAUAACUUCUUGAGUGAACUAAUGAAAAGGAAACUUGACAAUGAAGACUUGAUUAUUGCUAGAGAUAUUGCAGAAGCUGAGGCUGAAUGGGAAAAAAGAGAAAAAGAAAAAUAUGAAAAAAAUAAAGCAGAAUUAAAAGUGAUUGCAGAACAUAGAGCCACUGUGAUGAAAAAUAAAGAGGAAGAAGAAAGACAAAGAAAAACAAAGGACAAAGAACAAUUGCUAGCUAUCAUGAAAGCAGACCAGAUUUUUCAGGAGCAUGAAAAGGAGAAAAAAUUAAAAGCUGAUAAAAAACAUCGAGAAGUUCAAGAUGCCCAUAUUCAGCAAAUGGCCAAAAAUAAGUUUAAUGCCAAGGAAGCCAAACAAGCAGAACUAGACUAUUAUAGACUUACUGAAGCACUUGUGGCUGAAAAGGAGAAAGAAUUUCAGGAUUAUGCCAGAGAAGUAAUUCGACUUGAGUCUGAAUCAACAAAUAAAUAUAUUUAUCCUCUUAUAAAAGCUGUACAGGAAGGACCUGGAGGUGGCCAUGGACCAGUUUUUGUGGACAGAGGUGGAUUAAGACCCAGCUAUCAGGCAAAUGAUACCACUGGAGUCCAGCUCCCUUUUUUUAACUCUCAGCAAUUGAAGUAUAGUAAUUUUCAAAAGUCUAAGGAAAGGCUAGGUUUCACAUGGUAGAAAAGAGUUUAUUUUUAAGACUGAGAAGACCAGUAAUAUGAGCUACAAAUCUAAGUGAAUUAUAUGCUUAUAAUUUCCAUUAUUAAAGCUGCUCUUCAUCUAA